CACACCCCCAUGUACUUCUUCCUCCUCAACCUCGCCCUCCUUGACCUGGGCUGCAUCUCAACCACUCUGCCCAAAGCCAUGGCCAAUGCCCUCUGGGACACCAGGGCCAUCUCCUAUCAAGGAUGUGCUUUACAGGUCUUUCUGUAUGUCUUCUUGAUUGCAUCAGAAUUUUAUCUUCUCACAAUCAUGUCGUAUGACCGCUACGUUGCCAUCUGCAAGCCCCUGCACUAUGGGAGCCUCCUGGGCAGCAGAGCUUGUGCCCAGAUGGCAGCAGCUGCCUGGGGCAGUGGCUUUCUCAAUGCUGUCCUGCACACGGCCAACACAUUUUCCCUGCCCCUCUGCCAUGGCAAUGCUGUGGACCAGUUCUUCUGUGAAAUCCCCCAGAUCCUCAAGCUAUCUUGCUCAGAGACAUGCCUCAGGGAGGUUGUCCUUCUUGAAGUUAGUCUAUGUUUAACCUUUGCAUGUUUUAUUUUCAUUUCAUUUUCUUAUGUGCAGAUCUUCAGGGCAGUGCUGAGGAUGCCUUCUGAGCAGGGCCGGCACAAAGCCUUUUCCACGUGCCUCCCUCACCUGGCUGUGGUCUCCCUGAUGGUCAGCACUGCCAUGUUUGCCUACCUGAAGCCCCCCUCGAUCUCCUCCCCAUCCCAUGACCUGGUGGUGGCGUUUCUGUACUCAGUGGUACCUCCAUUAGUGAACCCCCUCAUCUACAGCAUGAGAAACAAGGACCUAAAAGUAGUCGGGAACUGGAAUGGUCUGCUCAGAGAGGUGGUGGACUCACUGAACAUCACAGUGUUCAAGAAGCACCAGAACAAGAUGCUAGGAGAUAUGGCUCAGUAG